CGGGAGAAGGAAGUCGGGGAAGGAAGUCGGGGAAGGAAAGUGAGAAGGAAAGGGUCGGGAUGAGGUCAGGAUGGGAUGGGAGACGGGUUGGGACGAUGUCGAGGAAGGAAGUCGGGGAAGGAAAGGGAGAAGGAAAGGGUUGGGAUGAGGUCAGGAUGGGAUGGGAGUCGGGAUAGAGGAGAAGAGAGGAGGAAUCUAGGCAUGGGAGAUGACUCGCGACGAUGUCGGGAUCGGGGGAGCAAGGGGAGAGAGGGAGAGGUCGGAACGAGGAGGUCGGGAUGGGAGGUCGGGACCGAGAGGUCGGGUAUGGAGACGAGAACAGAGGAGGGAGAGGUCGGGAUGAGGGAGGGAGAGUUGGGACAAUGUCGGGGGAAGGAAGGAGAGGGGGAGAGAGGUCGAGAUAGGAAGGAAGGGAAGGUGGGGGCCGGGGAAGAGGUCGGGAUGAGGUCAGGAUGGGAUGGGAGUCGGGAUAGAGGAGGAGGGAGGAGGAGUCUAGGCCUGGGAUCGGAGGUCAGGACGGGGAGGGAGGUGAGGGAGAGGUCGGGAUUAAGUCGGGAGGUCGGGAUGGAAGACGGGUUGGAAAGGGAGAAGGAAAAGGUCAAGAUGAGGUCGGGAUGGGAUGGGAGUCGAGAUAGAGGAGGAGGGAGGAGGAAUCCAGACAUGGGAGACGACUCGGGACGAUGUCGGGAUUGGGGGAGCAAGGGGAGAGAGGGAGAGGUUACGAGAGAGGUACAAGCGAUGGAGGGAAGGGGAAGGGGGACAGGGUCGGGACGAGACGAUGCGAGGAUAGAGGAGGAGGGCGACGAGGUUGGGGAAGGAAAGGGAGCAGGAAAAGAUCGCGAUGAGAUCGGGACGGGAGUCGGGAUAAAGGAGGACGGACGAUAUCGGGAUAGGAGAGGGGAACGAAGGAAGGAUAGGGGGGGGAAACCUCGAGAUGAGAAGGAGGGGGAAGUGGGGAGGGGAGGGAGGGGGGGAGAGGUCGAGAUGGGAUAUUGAAAACGACAUGCCUAUAUAGGACACAGGAAAUCAACUGUUUUAGCCUUU